AUGACCGCGGAGGUCUGCUCCGAGGCCUGCGCUGGCUCGGCGUACUACGGAACGCAGUACUCGACGGAGGAAAUCUCCUCUGCUGGAAUGACCGCGGAGAUCUGCUCAGCGGCCUGCGCCGGCUCGGCGUACUACGGAACGCAGUACUCGAUUGAGCCGACUGCGGCACUUGCGGAGGAUCGGGUUGCAGCUCCCGCGGCUCCGGCGCCGCUUCGUGCUGCACCUCGGUCAUCCAGUCCGCCGGCACCCUUUGCUCCGACUCCGGGGCCGCCCCGUGCAUCCUCUAAGUUUCUACCCUCGCUGUUAGAUGUUACGCCGCGUUACUACGCGCAUCUGGCCCGUCAAGUCUUGCCGACCAACCGGGCGACGGUAUCGCUUCUUCUCCGCCAAUCCUGGAGAAACUCGGCGCAAUUGGUAUCGAUCGUUUCAAGACCUCUGAAGACGGGGUAGAUUGGGCUUAUUCAACUAAUACUGUAUUGUAGAGGUUUCCAAGACUUACCCACAAACAACAAGUGGGCUAUAGCAGGGACUCGGGACUUGUAUUGAGUGCUCUUCAUUGAUUUCGAGACUGCGAAUAUGCGUCUGGGUGAUCGAACGUUUGCGGGGUGGGGGAAUAGACUAGAGAGAGAGCCCGGCACGUAAGAGUAGGAGGGGAGAUCGCUAUGCAGGGAGACAGCUCGACGCCGUCACGAUACGUGAACGCGUGUGUGUUUGUGUAUGUUAGAUGUGUCUUUGUAUCUAGGCGGUACAUAUCAUCGUGGGCUCAGCAAAUCCGGUCUGGACCGCCCGCUCGGUUCUGCCGAAGGCGGUGAACGCGGGAGACCAAUACCACACCAUGAUAGUAAACAAUUGGUGUGCAUAUUGGAUGCCGGUGUCGAUAUUGUGCAGCGGUUUAGCGGGGGGCUCAGCUCCGCAAAACAUCCGGUCUAAAUAUGUCGUUUGUGUUUGCUUAGACUACCCAAUCGACAAUGUUGCUCUCAACAGACUCCGACGGUAGGCCUGUUUCGUUUCAUGUUUCUCCUGCAUCUCGUGUCCAUCCACCUGGAUGCAGACGCCUUGAAACGCUGGCUCGGUUGUUUCCAGCCGGAGGGGUUUGUCUGAAAAAAGAUCAUUGGUGUAUGUUCUUUGUGCGGUCUGAGUUAUUUGUAGGGGUCGCAGGGUAGCGACGAUAGACGCGACUAAAACUACCGUAGUGAUACUGGAUGGAGGCACGCCAUGCGAAUAGCUUCUGCCGGAUCAGACAGUUGUCGGUUAAAAGUAGAACUUGUGACGUGGAGUCAAGUGCGGUAGUAUGUGAGGUAUCGUCACCGACCAUGGAUACGACUGUAGUGCAGCCACCCGCAUUUGCGAAGCUUCCAACAAUACGGGUAUGUAGUUGGGAGUUGACUCGGGGAGGGGCAUAUAUAUAUCCAAGCCGCCUGUCGACGUUCUUAAUUACGAUGUGGCAUUCAUUGUGAUAUGGUACUAUUCGCACAUCAAUGAGUGUAACAUAUUCCCAUUCGUCUUG